AUGGCAUCUUCUCGCGGUUCUCUCACUCACUUUCCAGACCUCAACGAGUCCACGAUAGAGAUAACCAGUUUUGACUCCUGUAAACCUCAACCGCGCAUCCCUCCACCUUUCCCUGUUCUCAGCUUUCCAGCGAUGUUAGUUGAGCAAAUAAUGGCAUCACAAUCUGACAUCGAGGCUAACUCGUAUACACUGAGGUCAUUACAUGUGGUUUGGGGUUUACGUAUUUGGAAUAAUGUCCAUUGUUCUCGCUGCAGUGACAAUUUGGAUUCAAACAACAUCCUUGAGAAUUCUUUGAGUGCCAAGGAGAAGAUAAUCUCUGAACUGAACAUGGAACUUCACAAUCUUGAAACCACCUUAUCAAAUGAGCGGGAACAACACAUAAAUGAAAUCAAGAAGUUGAAUGUGUUGCUCAAUGAAAAGGAAGCUACUCUUGAUGAGAUCAAGAAAGAGCUUCAGACAAGGCCUACAGCAAAAUUAGUUGAUGAUUUGCGGAAGAAGGUCAAAAUUCUACAGGCAGUUGGUUAUAAUUCAAUUGAGGCUGAAGAUUGGGAAGUAGCCACUAGUGGGGAAGAGAUGAGCAAACUUGAGUCUCUACUACUUGAUAAGAACCGGAAAAUGGAACAUGAACUCACUCAGUUGAAGAUGAAACUUUCUGAAAAGACAUCUUUGCUGGAAGCAGCUGAAGGCAAGAUAGCAGAACUUACUGCAGAGGUUAACGAACAACAAAGAUUAAUACAGAAGCUAGAAGAUGAUAUACAAAAGGUUUAUUUAUAGGAUUCUCAGCAGUUCCU